GAACAAGACACUGCGAAAUGUUCUGAAACUGUUACGUUCGAGUUGAGAAUCCAGUGAGCCAUGUCUUCUCCGAAGCCGGUGAUGAGCCAGGAGCACAUCAAGAGGCCCAUGAACGCGUUCAUGGUGUGGUCAAGAGGGCAGCGCCGGAAGAUGGCACAAGAGAAUCCCAAGAUGCACAAUUCGGAGAUCUCGAAAAGACUUGGUGCCGAGUGGAAACUGCUAAGUGAGACUGAGAAGAGGCCCUUCAUAGAUGAGGCCAAAAGAUUAAGGGCUCUGCAUAUGAAAGAACACCCGGAUUACAAAUACAGACCGAGAAGAAAGCCAAAACCUUUGAUGAAAAAAGAACCGAAAUUCUUCUCGCCAUUGAUUUCAACCUCAAUGGAAAGCAGUUUCAACAGAAAUCUAUUGCCGCCAAUGUCGAUGGCAUCAGGGUUACCACCGCUAACAUCCUCCGAAUCAGAUCAUCUAAAGUUGCCAAGAACCUUAUUCCCACCUCUUCCGUAUUUAUACCACCCCUUUCGGCAUCCAGACGACACCAAAUUCGCCGCCGAGUUGGCGCUACUGUACAGCAACAGUCAUUUGUACCCGCCGAGCAUAAACUGGCAGAUGAACAACCUAACCUCAACAGUAAACAGCCCUUGUAACAUAUGCCCGCCUGCAUUUCCCCGCAGAACCCCCUCGCCCGAGGAGAUAAAAAGGCCCGUGUGCGUAAUCAUGAAGAACGACGAGUUCAGAAACGACCCCAUUCCCGGACACGUUAUAUGAAAACCGCUCCCGGUUCUGCCCGAGCGGCUGAACCUUGGCA